AUGGCCAAGUCUCUUUUUGUGAAGCUGCUUUGCAUGGCAAUUGUGUGCCUUGUACUUGGUGCUUCAAGUCCCAAGGCUGAAGCAAUUACAUGUGGUCAGGUAGUGAACAACUUGACCCCAUGUAUUACAUAUAUACUCAAUGGUGGAAUAGUGCCAGCACGAUGCUGCAAUGGGGUUAGGAGCCUCCUUAGCCAGGCUCGGACCACACCAGACCGCCAGGCCGUUUGCAAUUGCAUAAAGAACACUGUCAGUGGAAUGCAUUAUAGUAAUUCCAAUCUAAACCUUGCUGCUAGCCUUCCUAGGAAAUGUGGGGUUAACAUUCCUUAUCAGAUCAGCCCAUCUACCGAUUGCAGCAGAGUGCGCUAA